AUGGUGCUGGACUUCCCUGAAGCUGACCCCAUGGACCAGCUCCCUGCACUGAGAAGAGCAUCGCUAACCAUGGCAACCGCUUGGAGGCUUCUGACGUGGACUGUCAUCUUCACCACAGCUGUGUGCGACUCUCCCGGCUACAAAUUCCACUCACAAGAGGAGUUCCUCUCCAGCCUCGAUCACUAUGAAAUCGCUUUCCCCAUCCAAGUGGACCAAAACGGGGACUUCCUCACCUUUGACAUGAGAAGCCAGCUGAAGCGGCGCUCCCGGCGCAGCCUGGGCUCCCUGUCCUAUGAUGCCGCUGAGCGGCGAGUCUUCUACAAGGUCUCCGCCCACCACACCCAGUUCCUCCUCAACCUGACCCUGCACUCCAACCUGCUGGCCGAGCACUUCACGGUGGAGUACUGGAAGCGGGACGGGGUGGACUGGCAGCACGACUUCCACGAGGACUGCCACUACGCGGGCCACUUGCAAGAUCAGUACCUGAACUCCAAAGUCGCCAUCAGCAACUGCAAUGGACUGCACGGCGUGAUUGUUGCCGACGAGGAAGAGUAUUUCAUUGAGCCUCUCAACCUGGGAGCCAACAUGAGCACAGGGAGUGAAGGCGAGGGAAGCCCCCAUGUUGUGUACAAGCGAUCGUCCCUCCAGCACUUGCACAUGGACGCGGCCUGUGGCGUUUUAGAUGAGAAGCCCUGGAAGGGGAGACCUUGGUGGCUGCGGACGCUCAAGCCCUCCCCUCUGAAACCAUCGAGCAAUAACAGCCAGCGAGGCCAGCUGCCCCUGAAGAGAUCCGUCAGCACCGAGCGCUACGUGGAGACCCUCGUGGUGGCCGAUAAAAUGAUGGUGGGGUACCACGGGCGGCGGGACAUAGAGCAGUAUAUCCUGGCCAUCAUGAAUAUUGUUGCCAAACUUUUCCAGGACUCAAGUCUGGGCAAUAUUGUCAAUAUCCUUGUGACCCGUCUGAUUCUCCUCACUGAGGACCAGCCCACCCUGGAGAUUAACCACCACGCUGGGAAAUCCCUGGACAGUUUCUGCAAGUGGCAGAAAUCCAUUGUGAACCGGAAUGGCAAUGGGAAUGCCAUCCCUGAGAACGGUAUAGCCAACCAUGACACCGCCGUGCUGAUCACCAGAUACGAUAUAUGCAUCUACAAGAACAAGCCAUGUGGCACCUUAGGGCUGGCCCCGGUGGGAGGAAUGUGUGAGCGAGAGAGAAGCUGCAGCAUCAACGAGGACAUCGGGCUGGCCACUGCCUUCACCAUUGCCCAUGAGAUCGGCCACACGUUCGGCAUGAACCAUGAUGGAGUCGGCAACAGCUGUGGCUCCCGCGGGCAGGAAACGGCCAAGCUCAUGGCUGCUCACAUCACCAUGAAGACCAACCCCUUCGUAUGGUCGACCUGCAGCCGGGAUUAUAUCACCAGCUUCCUGGACUCAGGCAUGGGACUGUGCUUGAACAACGCUCCUCCCAAACAAGACUUCAUCUACCCAACGGUGGCUCCUGGGCAGGCCUACGACGCGGACGAGCAGUGCCGCUUCCAGUACGGAGUUAAAUCUCGCCAGUGUAAAUACGGGGAAGUCUGCAGUGAGUUAUGGUGUCUAAGCAAAAGCAACCGCUGCAUUACCAACAGCAUACCAGCUGCUGAGGGGACCAUAUGCCAAACCAAUACCAUUGAAAAGGGGUGGUGCUACAAGAGGGAGUGCGUGCCCUUUGGUACGCGGCCAGAGGGAGUGGACGGCGCCUGGGGAGCCUGGUCCUCCUGGGGGGAGUGCAGCAGGACGUGCGGGGGAGGCGUAUCGUCAUCCAUCCGCCACUGCGACAGCCCACGGCCGACCAUUGGAGGGAAGUACUGCCUGGGCGAGCGGAAACGCUACCGGUCGUGUAACACUGAUGACUGCCCUCCAGGUUCCCAUGACUUCCGAGAGCUGCAGUGCGCCGAGUUCGACAACAUCCCCUUCCGAGGGAAAUACUACACCUGGAAGACGUACCGAGGAGGGGGCGUGAAAUCCUGUUCUCUCAACUGCCUGGCCGAGGGCUUCAACUUCUACACGGAGCGGGCAGCGGCCGUGGUGGACGGGACACCCUGCCGGCAGGACUCCAAUGACAUCUGUGUCAAUGGGGAGUGCAAGCACGUGGGCUGUGACCGCAUCCUUGGCUCAGACUUGAAGGAGGACAAGUGCCGCAUGUGUGGGGGAGACGGGAGUACCUGCGAGACCAUCGAAGGCAUUUUCAACCAGUCCCUGCCCGAGGGGGGUUACAAGGAGGUGAUCUGGAUCCCCAAGGGCUCUGUGCACAUUGAUAUCCGGGAGCUGAAUUUCUCUCUCAACUACCUGGCACUGAAAGGGGAGAACGACGAGUAUUUCAUCAACGGGAAGCUCUCCAUCGACCCACCCAGGCACUUUGACGUCGCCGGGACGACGUUCCACUACAGGAGAUCUCAAGAUGACCCCGAAUCGCUGGAGGCCUUAGGACCUACCAAUGCCACUCUCAUUGUCAUGGUUCUCGUGCGGGCAGAGCUGCAGGAGAUUCAGUACAAGUUCAACGCACCCAUCACCCGAGGCUCCUUGACCCAGUACUCCUGGCACUACACCCCAUGGACCAAAUGCUCAGCUAUCUGUGCCGGAGGCAGCCAAAUCCAGUCCGUCAUAUGCAAGAAACAGGCCGACAGCUCCACAGUCUUCAACCAUUUCUGUAGCCCUGAAACUAAAUUACCUGAGAAGCAGAGGCCAUGCAACACUGAGCCAUGUCCGCCCGCCUGGGUGAUUGGGAACUGGUCCGAAUGCAGCCGAAGCUGCAACGAGGGCGUCCGCACCCGCAGCGUCGUCUGCCGGAGGAAGGUCACUGCCACCGAGGAGAAAAUCCUGGACGAUGGCUCCUGUGCCCAACCCCGGCCCAAGAUGCACGAGCCCUGCAAUAACCAAAUGUGCCCCCCAGAAUGGACUGCCCUGGACUGGUCAGAGUGCACCCCGAGUUGUGGGCCUGGUUUCCGCCACCGCAUCGUGCUUUGCAAAAGCGGCGACCACAGCACGACCCUGCCGACCUUGCAGUGCCCAGAGAAUACCAAGCCCCCGAUCAGCAUGAGAUGCAACCUGCGACGCUGCCCGCCCCCGCGGUGGGUGACUGGCGAAUGGGGAGAGUGCUCCGCGCAGUGUGGUCUUGGGCAGCAGAGGCGCUCCGUCCAGUGCUUGACCCACACUGGGCAGCCGUCCAGCGACUGCGGGGAGAACCUGAAGCCUGCGGGCAUGCAGCAGUGUGAAGCUAGGUGCAAAUCAGGACCUACUGAGAGCCCCGAAGAGUGCAAGGAUGUGAACAAGGUCGCCUACUGCCCCUUGGUGUUGAAGUUCAAGUUCUGCAGCCGGACCUACUUCCGACAGAUGUGCUGUAAAACGUGCCAGGGGCAUUAAAGGAGCAAGGCGACCCCUGUAGGAAAACUGGAAGGCGAAAGCAAAGCCGGAGGGCAGCCGAGCCGUGCCGUUCCCCUCCACUCCCGACCCCCGGGAAUCUCCAAAGGAUUCAACCCAAACACUGGUCGUGCUUCUGGAGGGAGCCGGCGACACCCCUCCACCCCAACCCCACAAGAACGCCAGUUAAAUCACUGCCAACGCAUGUGCCACUCCGGAGACAGGCAGCACAAUGCACCGGAGGAGCGGGGAGAUCUCUGCGGCCACAACAGAGCUGGUCACCGUGCCGGGAGAGGGCAGAGCUGGAGACAGCGUGGCAACAAGGACAUUACUUGAAAUUCUGACAUUUGUUAUUUAUUUAGUAGCACAGCUGGGUCCUGCGGGCACCAGCCAACAGCCUCCAGAGGGUGCCAACAGCCCUGCCCGCCACACUGAGGAGGGCAGGGCGGUUCUCGACAGCCAGUCAGCAUGCUCUGGUCCUGCCCUCGUCUUGCUCCAUGCCCAGUCUCCUGAAGGGCAUCGCUGUCUGCCUCCGGGAAACCGAGCAUGCCCCAUGGCGCUGGGAAGCAGGCCUCAGGCAGGGGAUGGGGAUUGAGCAAAUGGAGCAGUCCGUCCUGCCCUGCGCCAACAGGAGCCCAGAGAGAGCAAGAAGAGGAGAAGGAUUUUAGCUGUGUGGUGCAUCAACCUGCCAAGGACAAACCUUGGCUUGUGCCUUUGGGCUUCUUUGUGAUGGAUGAGGCAAGGCUCCUGGGGUGGGAGGGGCAGGAUUGUUUGGUUCAUUCAAGCCUUGUCUCCCCUGGAAGGCUCUGUGGCUGACUGGAGAGCCGGUCAGAUACUGAUUGUCCCCAAGGAAGUGACACCGGGUGAAUUGGGAGGGGAAGGUGGGUUAAAAACAUUUGUUUUCUGAAGC